UUUGUAAGAUACACUCCAGCCUUGAUAUCAUGAUGUGCAUUGCAUCACUUCUGCACCUAGGUCUAAUUUCUGCUGACAGAUAUCUGGCCAUCUGUAAGCCUCUUCAGUACAGGACCUCAGUAACUAUGCACAAGUUUUACUGCACACAGGAGUUCACAUAUAUUUAUCUUCAAUACUCUUGGAUGAGCAAGACUAUAUACAUAUCAGGCACCAACUGUGAAUGUCUCCAGAGAUGGAGAGUCUGGGAUUCAACUUGACAGGAGAUUCAGCAGAAACACAGUACUGUUUCCCACACCUGAAAGGAUCCUGCCCAAGAGGUCAAACACUGAUCCCUAUAAAAGUAGCCAUGUACAUGUUCAUGGUGUUCACCAUUCUGAUGACUGUGUGUGGAAACCUGCUGGUCAUCAUCUCCAUCUCUCAUUUCAGACAGCUCCAUUCUCCCACAAACCUCCUCAUCCUCUCUUUAGCAUGCACCGACUGGUUCUUGGGGGCUUUUGUUAUGCCAUAUAGCAUGAUCAGAUCUGUGGAAAACUGCUGGUAUUUUGGAGAAUCAUUUUGUAAGAUACACUCCAGCCUUGACAUCAUGAUGUCCAUUGCAUCCCUUCUGCACCUAGGUCUCAUUUCUGUUGACAGAUAUCUGGCCAUCUGUAAGCCUCUUCAGUACAGGACAUCAGUAACUAUGCAUAAGGUGGCAGCCCUUAUUGGAAUCACCUGGUUGUUUUCCUUUGCAUUUGGGUUUGGGGUGAUUCUCUCUAAAAUUAAUUUAGUCGGUAUGGAGGAGUUGUUCAUAAAUGCUUGCACAGGUACCUGUAUUAUAUUCUUUAAUCAAGAAGGGGGGUUGAUGGCUGCUUUUGUGGGCUUCUUCAUUCCAUGCACAGUGAUGAUAGCCCUCUAUAUGAAGAUUUUCUUUGUUGCAAGAGUGCAGGCCAGAAAAAUCAACUGUAGCAUGGCAAUGACAAGAGUACGACUUAAUAAAAAGAACUGCACAUCUGAACAAAGAGAGAAAAAGGCUGCAAAGACGCUUGGCAUUGUACUGGGAGUCUUUCUGUUGUGCUGGCUGCCAUUUGUCAUGGUGCUUAUUGUUGAUCCAUUCUUUCAUUUUUCUACUCCUGCUCUUGUAUUUGAUGCUCUUGUUUGGUUGGGGUACUUUAAUUCUACAUGCAAUCCUCUCAUUUAUGGAUUUUUCUAUCCAUGGUUCCAGAGGGUGUUUAAAAUGAUUAUAUCAGGGAAAGUUUUUCAGCAUGGCUCUUCAUUAUUAAAUAUUUAUGCGGAUAAUUCCUGA